UUGAAGAUAACCGUGGUUGGGCUUGGAUACGUUGGCACGGUUGCUGCCGCUGCGCUUGCGGGGGCAGGCCACGACGUGUUGGGAAUCGACAUCGACAGGAGUCGCACCGAUAUGCUGGGCGCGGGCUGUGUGCCAAUGUACGAACCCGGCCUUGAAGAGCGAAUAGAGGCCGCCCUGAGGGCCGGGACGCUUCGGUUUCUUCACCGUGACGACGUUGCCGAGGAUCCCGCGUCAAGUGCGGGGCAGGCUCUUGGCGACGUAGCCCUCAUCGCUACCGGCACGCCCCCGACACAUGGAGGCGGGGCUGACUUGCACCAGGUCCGAGCCGCGGUGGGCUGGGUCAAGUCCACAAGGCCCAGGGAACUGACUGUCGUGAUGAAGAGCACAGUCCCACACGGGACCGGGACCGGGAGGGAGCUGCUGGAGAGCGAGCUCAGGGGUACAUCCAUCAGGUACGCCUCCAACCCGGAGUUCCUGCGCGAGGGCCGUGCUGUCGAUGACUGGGAGAAGCCCGACCGGAUCGUCAUCGGAGUCGAGCCGGACGAUACACGCUCAGUCGAUACGGUCAAGCGCAUGUACGCAGGCAUUGAUGCGCCCUGCAUGGUCACCGACAUCACCAGCGCGGAGAUGAUCAAGUACGCGAGCAACGCGUUCCUCGCCACCCGUAUAUCAUUCAUCAACGAGAUCGCCUCCCUGUGCGACACCGUAGGAGCCUCGAUUGACGAGCGUCUUCUGCCGCUUCACGCGCUGCGCCAGAGGUUCGGCGGCGCGAUUGAAGGUCUGAGAGUCGGCAUACUCGGUCUGGCGUUCAAGCCCGGCACCGACGACGUCCGGGACGCACCGUCGCUCGACCUGAUCCGUGCGCUGGUGGACGAGGGAGCAGAGGUUCAGGCGUUCGACCCGGAGGCAAUGAAGUCGGCGCGUCCGAAUCUGCCGUCAUCGGUCCAGCUGGUGGAGGGUGUGGAGGAAGCGGCGAACCGGACGCAGGCGCUGGUGCUGCUGACGGAGUGGGACUCCAUCGUUCAGUCCGACUGGCGGGUUGUCGCCAGGUGCAUGAUUCCGCCGCGACUGGUGUUCGAUGGCCGGAACGCCCUGGACCCGGCCGAAAUGAACAGGCUCGGCUUCGAGUACGUUGGGGUGGGCCGGGGGCCGGUCCGGGGGGGCAUCCAGGACGGCUCUUCCCCUUGGUCGGUCAUGCAGGGGCUGGUUGUGUGA